GGAAUGGUAACAUGUCAGCUUGUGUUCCGUGAUCUUAUUUCGUGACCCGUGUCAUUUUACCUCUCAUCCUUACUAUUCUUACCAUAGUGUGUACAUACAUCUAUCUCGAAAGCUUGCAAUUUAUUGUUGUUACUAUAUUGGGCCUUUGCCCUAUUUCGUUUUAGAUUUUUUUUCUUCUUUCCUCUCCUUUGAUAUUUUUUAUUGAUAAGAACAGAUAAAUUUAGCCCACACUCCUUUACCCUUUGUCGCUUCCUUCGAUACAUAGGCAUUGUCUCCUACCUAUAUAAUACCUUGUUCGCUUCCUGCCGCGAUGCUAAAUCCUAGGUGAUCCUAUACUUCAUAAAAAAAAAAAUCAAUCGCGCCCACGUACCCGAUAACUGCGAUAACUGCGAUAACUGCGAUAACGCGACAGCGACAGCGACAGUAAUUGUAUAUACGACCGUUCGACGUGACGCGACAGCUACCGCAAUAUUACAACGACUUACAGUUUUCCCGUUCAGCUAUACCCCACACACAACCCUCGUAGAUGCGCACCUCCGGGUAGAAUCAUGUGGAGGCGUACCUAUAUGUUACUGGUUCUGGUACGACUAUGGCUCGCUUUUUCGCCGAGCUAUCUGCAUCCAGAUGAAAAUUUCCAAGGUCCUGAAGUUAUAGCAGGUCAAAUCUUCAGCUACCCCGUCCGACUUACUUGGGAAUUUACAAGCGAUCAUCCCAUACGUAGCGUUUUCCCGCUGUGGCCGGUUUACGGAUUACCCAUGCUUCUACUGAAGUGGUUAUGGGAGGGUAUCGGGAACGAAGGCGAAAUACCACCGAUCACGGUAUUCUGGACGUUGCGAGUGUUGAUGUUUGUUAUUAGCUUCGUCCUGGAGGAUUGGGCUAUUCAUGAGUUAGUUCAGUCACCACGACAUCGCAACACCGCCUUAUUGGUGGUAGGAUCGUCCUACGUGACCUGGACUUUUCAAACACAUACUUUCUCUAACUCGAUCGAGACCCUUGUCGUUAUGUGGUGUCUAGUGCUCGUUGAGCGCAUUCUUGAGGCUUCGGCGCAAACCUCCGCCCUGGCGGCGUCGACGGUGCUUGGCGUUGUAGCCGUCUUUGGUGUUUUUAAUAGGAUAACUUUUCCUGCAUUCUUGAUUAUUCCUGGACUUCGAUUGAUACCCCAUUUUAUACAUAGACCUUUAUCCCUUGUCAUCACGGCAGCAUCAGGGCUCUUUACAGUUUUAAUUGCUAUCUCUCUUGAUACAGCUUUCUACACUCCGCACUCUAUUACGUGGUUAGAUCUCUACCGUAAUCCUGUUAUUACGCCCUUAAAUAACCUGCAAUACAACCUCUCGCCCUCGAAUUUAGCGGAACACGGAUUGCACCCUUGGUACCAACAUCUCUUAAUUAACAUCCCAGUGCUUAUAGGGCCUGCUGUGGCUCUUUUAUUCGUAAAACCACAUCUUUCGCUCAGGCUAUAUUCGGCGAUAUCAGGGGUGUUAGUUCUAUCCAUCUUUCAACACCAGGAAGCACGAUUCUUGCUGCCAACGGUACCCCUUUUGCUCUCGUCCUUACAGCUCCCAAAGAAGUCCACGCAUCGAAAUAUGUGGAUUGCUGCCUGGGUUGGCUUCAAUGUGGUCCUUGGCCUUCUUAUGGGGGUAUACCAUCAGGGUGGUAUCGUACCAGCUCAAGUGUUCUUGAGCGAACAACCAGACGCAACACAAGCGAUAUGGUGGAAAACCUAUAUGCCGCCGAUAUGGCUUCUAAACGGUAAGAACGAGGUUCUGCAGACUAGGGACGUAGCAGGGAUGGGGGGACCCCUAUUAUUUGAGGAGUUGACGCAGAUAGCGACCUGUGACACGCCAGCCGAUCGGAGGAACCUUGAGUAUCUCAAAGAGCCAAACGGCACAUACUUGAUUGCGCCGCUCUCAUCGACGUGGCUCGAUCCAUAUUUAGACAACAAGGGUUUAGACGGGCUACGGUUUCGGGAGGUUUGGCGGCAUAGCAAGCAUUUAAACUUGGAUGAUUUAGACUGGGCGGAAGACGGGUUCUUGCCUACACUGCAAAGGGUAGUUGGUAGACGAGGUUUGGCAGCUUGGAGGGUUACUAAAAGCUGCGGUCCUCCACUGCGGUAACGAGAAAUUUAAAAAUACAAUAUAACAUUUCUAUCGUGA